UUCCACAAACCAAACUGUUCUUUUCAGAACAACUUUUUGUCGUACUGUGAAGCGUUAUUUAUUACGAUGACGAAGAAUUUGGGUAGCACUGCUAAAAAAAUGGUAGCAUCUUUAAUUCUGUAUUUUGAACAAGAGCGUGACCAUGGAGGGCCCUUGUUACCUUUGCAGGCAGUAAGAGAGAGAGUGGCACAAGCUUUAAGUAUCAGUAUCUCCACGGUCAGUACCAUAUCAGCGGCAGUGAAGAAGAAUGAAGUGUUGACGUCGCCUUUAAAGAAUCGUCCUCGCCUUAAACCUGUGACAGAUGUAUCUAAUUUGAACGUCGAUGGUAUUAGAAACACAAUUUAUGAAAUGUACGAAAACAAAGUGCAUGUUACAUUGGCAUCUGUGCAUGAACAGCUUCGUGAAAAAGUCAUUUUUCAUGGUUCAUUGGCAUCAUUGCGAACAGUGCUAAAAGAAAUUGGAUUUAAAUGGAAAAAAGACGAGCCCAGGCGAGGUCUAAUGGAACUACCCCAUGUGGCAAGUAAAAGAAUUCGUUUUCUGCGCCAAUACAAAGAUUUCAAGGAAAAAGAUUUGUACCAAUUUGUUUUUCUUGAUGAAACGUGGAUAUUCCAAAAUGGCACUAUACAACGCUCAUGGCAAGAUAGUAAUGAAAGAAGUGUGAAAACCAUCAAAACUGAUGGAAAGCGGUUGGUUUAUUAUUAA